GUCAAGAAAUAUCGUGUACGUAAUUAUUUACACUUCGAUGUUGAAAAAAAAUAUCGACAAUCGUUUCGGUAUAAAUCGACACCUUUCAAAUUGGUCAAUAUCUCUCAUCUAUUCUCUAUUUGAAGUUAAAAGUAAUAUAAGAAAAACUAAAUGUCAAAUUGGAAAAGAUCAGAACUUUCUGCUUUUAUCGCUUUAUAUGAAGAAUGUGAAAAUUUAUAUAAUUAUGACCAUCCAGAUUUCCUUAAUAAAAAGAAACGUUUGGAAAGUUUGUCUUACAUUUCUAAACAACUGGAAAAAUUAAAUAAACGAGUUACUAUAAAUGAAAUAAACAUGAAAAUUAAAACUUUAAAAAAUCAGUAUUUAUCUGUGAAAAAAGCUGAGAGUUCUAAACAGAGUGACGCAUAUGUGCCCAAACUGUGGUGUUAUAACCAAUUAUACUUCUUAAACAAUUAUUUGAAAGAUCAUUCUGAGAAUUCAUCUCCUGUAUCGGAAAAACUUGAAGAGAAGGAAGAGCUUGACGAGAAAUUUACAGGCAAAAAGUCUGAAAGUGUUGGUACCCUUACAAGCUCAGUUCCAGUUACAUCUACAACGUUUAACAUAUCAACAAAGCUGAAAAAAACAUCCCACUAUCCAGGCUUAAAUCAAAAAAUAUCGACUGAUUUUUAUUUAGCAGAAUUUAUUUAUUCAAGCAACAUUCCAUUCGAUAUUAUAGAGAGUUUUCGAUUUCGGAGAUUAAUUCAAAUUUUAAAUAAGUCAUAUAUUAUUCCAAAAAAAAAGAACUUGCUUACGAAUAUCUUGGACGAGAUUCAUGAAACUUGUAUUUAUGGAUUAUCAGGUGAAGAAAAGGAUGCAAUACUGUUGUUGUGUGGAAUAAGCACAAGUAAACGAGAUUCUAAAUAUAUUUUAGCUUGCAUUCAGACCGAAGAUGAAAGCCGUCAUUUUUUAAACCUUUGGGAUGCCGAUUUACAAGAAGAUCCACUAGAUUUGAUCAACGACAUACUAAUUGAAUGUCAACAAAUAGCUAAAGACGUUUAUAAUUCUAAUUUCUAUAUGAUUCUUUCUGAUGAUCCUGAAAUUGAAAUACAACCUCCGAUAUGGCACGUGGUUUGUAACGCACCUGUUGUGGAAUACUUUAUUUUUGAAAUACUUGAGGUAGAAGUUGUGGAAAACAUGGUAAAAAUUUUAAGAAUUAUUGAGAAAUUAGCUAAAGAAGACGUCUUUCAUCAAAACUGCCCAAUCAUUCUUCCAAUAGAAAAAAAUUGGUCAACAUUUCGUGACACUUUUAGGAGUUAUUUAAAAAAUUAUGAUGAUGUUCAAAAGUUACUAAAAACCAAUCCGGAUUUAUUUGAUUCGGAACUGGCAGAGUUGAUUUUUAGUAAUGAAUUUCAUAUGAAAGUCCACAAAAAUUUCAAACUUUUAAUAGAUUUAAGCGAACUUAUUACGGUAUCGCAGAAAGACCAAUCAACUCUUGCUGAACUUGCUGAAGCAUGGCUUUCACUUAAUUUAGCUCCCGAAUACCAUGAAAUAUUGGAAACCUUCCGUACUAAUGCGCUGACGGUAUAUGCGCUUGCUGCAAAUUUUCUACAUCCAAAGUACAAGGGCAGACACCUAUCUUAUGUUCAAAAGACUUUAGUAAAUGAAUUUAUGUUGGAAUCGCUAAACAGCACAGGUCAACAAGACUUACAUGCAUUUAAAGAAAAUCUUGACAUAUUUAAAACUUUAAAUGAUCGGAAUGUAACAAGUGCUAAAACAUUUUGGAAUAUGGCUGAAAAAAGACAUCCAAUACUAACAAGAUUAGCUAAAAAAUUAUUAGUGGGACCCGCUUCGACAUUUGAACAAGAAAAGUGGUUUUUGAAGUUUGUAAAUUGUCAUGGGGAUAUCAGAAGUACAUUGGGUAUAGAAAGAUUUAGGAAGUUAGCGAAAAUUUACUUUACCUUCAAGUUUCAAGAUCAAAAUAUCAAACCACAUGACAGAUACAUGUAAAAUAUUAAUUUUCAUAAUAAAUAAAAGG